GUCAGAGAUCAAAAGAAAUGAGUUUUCUUGCAGGAAGAUUAGCGAGCACAGAGGGUGCCUAUUUCUUGCAAGAAUCCAAACAAGCUGUGACCAAAAUCAUAGAGAAAACCAAGCCAAAACUUCCUUCAAAUUCCAUCCAAAAUGAACCAUCAUCAUCAGCUGAUGUUCUUCCUGAGGUUUUGAAGCAUUCUUUGCCUCCGAAGAUCUUUCAAUCUUCAUCAACACCAAAUUCAUCAUCUUUUUCAUCACCUUCCAAAUGGGUUCUUCAAACUGACCCCAAAAGACCCACUUCUGCAUCUUCUGAUGCUAUUAAUCCUCUCAGGGCCUAUGUUUCUCUUCCCCAAGUCACUUUUGGUCCCAAAAGGUGGCAGUUACCCACUGCAGAGAACGCAGUUUUAGCUUCUACUGCGAAUGAGUUACGGCGUGACAAGUACACACCUGUUAAUCCUGAGAAGUUGAAGGCUGCUGCUGCAGGGCUAUCGCAGAUUGGAAAAGCAUUUAUGGCUGCUACUGCUAUCGUAUUUGGUGGUGCCAUCUUGACAUUUGAGCUGGCAACCUCUAAGCUUCAGCUGCACACUAGUGAUGACAUUCGAACUAAAGGCCAGAAUUUUAUACAGCCAAAAUUCGAAAUGGUCAGGGAGCAAUUUUCUCCCAUAAGAACUUGGGCUGAAGAUACCUCAAAGAGAUGGCAUCUGGAAAAGGAUGAAGCAUUCAAAGAGAAUCCUCUACUGAAGGAGCUUUCUAAAACUUUCAGUUCUAAAGCCAAGUGAUUCUUUCUACUUUGUCUGUUGUUUAAUUAUGUGCAGUAGUCCAUGCAAGUAGAAUUUUGUGAUCUGGAAUUUGGUUAUUGUCAUGAUCAUUUCAGCCUCAAUGCCUAGACCCCUGAAUCCAAUGCUCUUCAAUCUAGUCAUUAUUCUGUUGUAGAUUAUACGUUGAAGUUUUAGAAAAAAAUUGAGAUUGGACUGCUUUGGAAAUUAGAAAACAAAGACUUUGGAGGAGGACAA